AUGUUACCCGAUAGAGCGUUGUUCGAUUAUGAGGUUAUAAAAUACGCUGUCAUGUUGAAAAUACCUCAUUUCAUUGGUGUAUUUUCUAGAGACAAGUUGCCACAACGUUUAAAAAAUCAAGAGUCGGCUGUAGUUAAUUUAGACACUGAAAUCGGUACAGGUACUCAUUGGGUAGCGUAUAAGAAAAUCGGAAAACAAGUUUUAUCUACUGGCACAAGUUUUGGUGCAUUACAAUUUGAUUUUUACAUUGCUCGGAGUACUAUUGGGGAAAUCGUAAAAGAGACAUGUACGAUUUUAUGGAUGGUUUUACAACCGAAAGAAAUGCCAGAGCCUUCAACAGAAAGAUGGGUUGAAAUUGCAAAUACUUUUUAUGAUAAGACUAAUUUUCCAAACUGCUUAGGGGCAAUAGAUGGUAAGCAUAUUCGAUGUAAAGGUCCAAACAAUUCAGACUCAUUAUACUUCAACUACAAAAAGUACUUUUCGAUUGUGUUGAUGGCGAUUGCUGAUGCCAACUUAUGUUUCAUUGCAAUUGAUGUUGGUGCCUAUGGGAAAGAGGGUGAUUCAAAUGUAUUUAAAGAGAGUUGUUUUGGAAAAAAACUUUAUUCAAAUCAACUCAAACUACCAGAAUUAGCAAAUUUACCAAACACAAAUGAACAUCCUCAGCCUUUUGUAUUUAUCGGAGACGAGGCAUUCGCCUUACAUUCGAACUUAUUAAGACCAUACCCAGGACGUGGUCUUAAUGAUACUAAACGGGUAUUCAACUAUAGGCUAUCAAGGGCAAGAAGGACGGUAGAAUUUGAGCCUGAUUUUGUGGACGAAAUAAUUAAAUCGUGUUGUGUUCUACACAACUUUGUUCGAAGAAGGGAUGGCUUCAACAACGAAGAUACAGAAACCAAUAUGUUGGAUGAUAUUGAAGUUCGUGGUACUGGUGCUCGUACUCAAGGUACAGAAGUUAGAGACUACUUCGCAAAAUAUUUCAUGGGACCUGGAUCUGUGCCAUUCCAAUUUCAAAAAAUUUAA